GACAACUUCAUACAAACGGUUUUCACUCAUCUUGAGCUCAAUUGAACCUCGACACACUGCGACAAUAGUGCCGAAGCUCCAGGCUUCGUUGUACUUUCCGAACACUUUUCCCACAUAUGUACUAAGCCGGCUUUAUACACGCAAUACAACAAGAUGCCUCUCCACUCCCUACCCCGUGUUGCUCGUACCUCCAUGGGCAGCUCGAAGAUAUGCACGCGAAUGGCUGCCUCCUCGAUGCGGAAUUUCCAAACAUCGGCGCGCUCUAUGGCUCCCACCUUCGCCGCCAGUCACCAGCCUCCUAUGACGAGCCAGUCCCAGGUUCGGUCCGCUCAUGCCAUUUCCAACCCAACACUCGCUGGAAUUGAAAAACGAUGGGAAGGAAUGCCUCCACAAGAGCAAGCCGAGCUUUGGAUGCAACUGAGAGACCGAAUGAAGGUUGACUGGCAUGAGAUGACGCUGCAAGAAAAGAAGGCCGCGUGGUGGAUUGCAUUUGGCCCUCAUGGACCUCGCGCAGCGGACCCUCCCGGAGAGUGGACAAGGGUUUGGCUUUACACAGGCGUUGGUGUUGCGAUUUCAGUAGCCUUGUUCAUGACCAUUCACGCCUUCGCAAGACCACCGCCACGAACAAUGACCAAGGAGUGGCAGGAAGCUACCAAUGAAUAUCUCAAGUCCGAAAAGAGCAAUCCUAUCUAUGGUAUCAGCAGCGAAGGAUACAGCGGCAAGGGCCAUGUGCAGAGCAAGACGGCGAAGGCGCAAGGCAUCAAGCUUGAUCCAGAAGAGUAGAAGAGGGACGAAGAGUGAUCAUCUUUGCCCCAACAACGGAGCGCAGCUGUCUCUGUACUGUUACUAGUAUCUUGAGAACGGAAAGGUUUCUCCGUCUUUUGUGAAUACAAAAUCAAUAUCUCAAUCCGGCUUCGAUUUCAGGCGCGCUCGGGUUCGCCGAUUUGUACAUAGAUUCCAGGAGAUAGUGGCGGGACCCAAUGUUAAAAUCCUCCUCCUACUUCCUACAUGCGACAAUUCGAUGCGGCGAAUUUCUAGUGAUAUUUCUGCUAUCUGGUAGAAAGCACUACCCGG